AAUCUGAUCAUUAUUCGCACAUUGAAAGUAUAGAUUAUCUUGUAAUUAGUUAGAUUUUCAUCAUUUUGGAAUGAACUUAAUUGUUAAGAAUAAGAUGAUCAAGUAUUAUUGUUUGCUAUGGGUGCUUGGUGCGAGCAUCAUAUUUUCUGAGGCGGCUGAAUCUGGAUCUUCGAUCCUUCUAAGCCCAAAAACAAAGGCAGAACAAAGGGCAGACUUAGUAGUGAGGCUUCCAGGACAACCCAAGAUAAGUUUUAAGCAUUAUGCAGGCUAUGUAACAGUUGAUGAAAGCCAUGGGAAGUCACUGUUCUAUUGGUUCUUUGAAGCUGAUAAGAAGCCUCAGAAUAAGCCUUUACUUCUUUGGCUUAAUGGAGGGCCUGGAUGCUCUUCAAUUGGGUAUGGAGAAGCAGAAGAGUUGGGCCCAUUUUCCCCACAAAAGGGCAGCAAACCCAAACUGAAGCUCAAUAGAUACUCUUGGAAUAGAGCUGCCAAUCUUCUUUUUCUGGAAUCACCUGUAGGUGUUGGCUUUUCAUACACUAAUACUAGCAGUGACAUUAGUGAAUUGGGUGACACUAUUGUAGCUAAGGACACGUAUAAUUUUCUUGUAAAUUGGUUCAAAAGAUUUCCACAAUUUAAAUCUCACGAUUUUUUUCUUUCAGGAGAGAGUUAUGCAGGUCAUUAUGUUCCACAACUUGCUAAAGCUAUUCUUGAAGGCAAUAAGAUUGCUUCCAAGGAAGAUCAUAUCCAAUUAAAAGGUUUGAUGAUCGGAAAUGCAUUGUUAGAUGAUGAUACAGAUCAGAGAGGGAUGGUGGAAUAUGCAUGGAAUCAUGCAAUUAUAUCAGAUCAUGUUUAUAAUGAUGUCAAGAAUAAUUGUGACUUUAGCAACAAAAACAUGACUUCAACAUGCAAUAAAGCCCUAACUCAAUACUUUAAUGAGUACAGACUCAUUGACAUAUACAACUUGUAUGCUCCAAUUUGUGUUGACAACCAAACAAAUAGUCAAAACAGGAAUACUCAACCUCCUAUAAUUCAUGGCAUCUCUCCUCGGUUAUUUUCCAAUUUUGAGGGGUGGCUGAAGAGACCAGCUGCAGGAUAUGAUCCAUGUACAUCAGAUUACACUGAAACAUAUAUGAAUAUACCAGCUGUCCAAGCUGCCUUGCAUGCCAAUAUCACAAAGCUUCCAUAUCCAUGGACUCAUUGCAAUAACAAUAUCACUUCUUGGAGUGAUUCUCCAUCAUCUAUACUUCCAACUUUACGAAAGCUAAUUGAUGAAGGUCUUCGUAUAUGGAUAUACAGUGGGGAUGUCGAUGGUAGAAUACCAGUAACAUCAACAAGGUACACCCUUAAGAAGCUUGGCCUUAAAACUAUUCAAGGAUGGAAGGCAUGGUAUGCUAGUUCACAGGUUGGAGGAUGGACCAUUAAAUAUAAGGGAUUGACAUUUGUUACAAUCAGGGGAGCUGGGCAUCAAGUUCCAACAUCUAUGCCGAGAGAGGCUUGGCAACUUGUCAAGCAUUUUCUAGCUGGGAAAAACCUUCCUGAUGCUCCUCCUUUAUGAUAUGAUGAUACCAACUUAAUGAUCACUAUAGCUAUUAGAGCAAUUUUGAAUUACAAUUUAAUUUACAACAAAUCAGCACGAAAAAGGAAAGAAACACCCAACAAAAUUUACUGAGAAAAUCAUUAUCGUUCCAUUGAAUGGUAUUUAGAUUAUGAGCGUAAUCAUCAAGAACGAAGUUAUAGGAUGUAUUUGAUAUUCUUUUAUAUGACUGUGAUGAAAAAUAUGAAAAAAAGAUGCAUUUAAUUAAGGAAGUGGCUAUCAAAAAGUUGUGAGUGUUAAUGAAGAAGGAAAAUGGAGAUAUCUUCCAUCUCUGAUCCCGACAUGUAGAUUUUUAAAAAAUUGGUUAAAUGUUGAAACUAUGUAAUCUAAUUUAUUAUAUUUGGAAGUGAUAAAUUGAUUAGAACGUAUGUUCUAACGGAUUAAGAAUUAUACGUUUCACUUUUUUUUCAAAGGUAAAUAAACCACGGUGUAUUUGAGUAUAGUUUGAGUUUUGUUAGGAUAACAUGCUUGAUUCUGAUUAAUAGGUUUUUCCUAGGGAUCAUGUUUGUGUUUUGUACUGUAGAACCCGACAAGGAUAUAAAAAACAUUUGUACUUUGUUUAUGGUUUUAUUA